UGCUCGAUUCGAUUAUCGAAUGCAACUUUUUAUGAGUAAUGAAAUUUUAAUUAUAGUUGAUUAUAUCGAAAUUACAGAACAAAACGGUAAUCAAAAAGAAGAUAAACUUGAUAUUGUUUUGUCCGUUUAUUCUUAUUGAAAUCCUUUUUCUAGAAGUUUAUUUUUGGGAGGUCGAUAUAAUUGGAAAAUCAUAACAAAAUGAAUGCUAAGGAAAUGAUUUCUAGACUAAGAAAUAGUUACGAUAGCGGAAAAACUCGACCUUUGGAUUAUAGAAUUGAACAAUUAAAAAAAUUGAAGAAAAUGUAUUUGGAAAAUCAAGAAGUCAUAGUUCAAGCAUUAUCUGCAGAUCUUCAUAAAUGUAGACAUGAAUCCAUUGUAAUGGAAUUUAUGUUUCUUGUUAAUGAUUUGGAUAAUAUUCUUGUAAAUAUCAAAGAAUGGGAUAAGCCUGAAACACCUGAAAAGCCUUUCGUCAAUAUAUUGGAUAAAUUAUAUGUGUUCAAUGAUCCAUAUGGUGUUGUUCUAGUAAUUGGAGCCUGGAAUUAUCCAUUUCAACUUCUUCUUAUGCCUGUAGCUGGUGCCAUAGCUGCAGGCAAUUGUGUUGUUAUGAAGCCCUCUGAAGUUGCUAGUAAUUCUGCUAAAGUGAUAUCUGAACUAAUACCAAAAUAUUUGGAUAAUGAUUGCUAUCAAGUUUAUACAGGUGGUAUACCUGAAACAACUUCACUUCUGAAGGAAAAAUUUGAUUAUAUAUUUUAUACUGGUUCAUCUGGUGUUGGGAAAAUAAUUCAAGAAGCUGCUGCUAAGCAUCUCACACCAACAACUCUAGAGUUAGGAGGUAAGAGUCCUGUUUAUCUUGAUGAUAGUGUUAAUAUGAAAACAGCAGUAAAGAGAAUUCUUUGGGGUAAAUUGGCAAAUGCUGGACAAACUUGUGUAGCUCCUGAUUAUCUUCUAUGCACCAAAAAUGUUGAGAAAAAAUUCCUUGAAAUAUCUAGAGAAAUAUUGAAACAGUGGUAUGGUGAUGAAACAAACAAAUCUCUUGAUUUUGGACGCAUCAUCAAUGAUGCUCAUUUUCAGAGAAUUCAGAAGUUACUCAAAAGUGGAUCAGUUGCUAUUGGGGGAAAUAUUUUACCUUCAGAACGUUAUAUUGAACCAACAAUUUUAGUAGAUGUUAAACCAACGGAUCCUGUAAUGAUGGAAGAAAUAUUUGGUCCAGUGCUGCCAAUAAUAACAAUUGGAAACUUACAUGAUGCUAUUACCUUUAUCAACAAAAGAGAAAAACCUCUUGCUAUGUAUAUUUUCUCUAAAAGGAAAGAUGAUGUGAAUUUAUUGAUAAAAAAUACAAGUUGUGGGGGAAUAUGUGUUAAUGACACUAUAAUGCAUUUGACUGUUGAUACAUUGCCUUUUGGAGGUGUUGGUAAUAGUGGUAUGGGUCAUUAUCAUGGUAAAUAUACAUUUGACACCUUCAGUCAUAAGAAGUCUUGCCUUUAUAAAAAUCUGGGUGUUAUUGGGGAGAAACUAGGUGAGUCUCGUUAUCCCCCUUUCAAUGAAAGGAAAACCAAAUUUUUAAUGACACUCCUUAAGAGAAGAGCUCCAAUGUCAUUUGGAUUCUUAAGAUAUGUUUUGGCUUUUGGCCUUGGUGCAGCUUCAAUUUUUAUGUACUAUAAUAGUCAAGGUAUGAUAAGAAAAGGUUAGAUAUUAUAUGUGACAGUUUCAUAUACGUACACUAUACAUUGCAAAAUAUUUUCAUUACAGUAAAAAUGUUGAUAUUACAGAUUUUAGUUAUUUUUAAAUUUGCUUGAUAAAUUCUUUAUGAAAACAGUAUUUUUGACUGUGGUUGUAACAAAUAUAUUUGCUUUUGUUGAUAUGAUUUUGGUUGGAAAUCUAGUUACUGACAAACUAUUGAUUUUUAGUUGGCCUUAGUGGGAAAAUGGGUAAUAAUGAUAAAUUUGAUUGAAAUAUUCUUAUUAUGUGUGGUAUAAUUUUACUACUUGACAUAUAUUUUAUUUUCGUAAUUUUACAUGAUCUAGUUACUUGUUUGUUAAUUAUUAUAUUUUAUAUGAAGUGUUGAAUAUCUUCUGUGAAUGAACAAUUGUUUAUAAUUGUAUUUGAAAUAAAUUGAACAUAUACAAAG